AAGUUAAGAGAACUGGAAUCUGAACAAGAACAGUUGAAUUCAUCUUUAUUGGCAUUGACAUCACAUUUUGCUCAAGUACAGCUACGAUUAAAACAAAUAGUUAGUGCUCCUGCUGAUGACAAAGAAAAACUAUUAACAGAACUAGAACAGUUUGCAUUUCGUGGAAUACCUGAUGUUAGAGGCUGUAGUGAAAUAGAAGAUGCUAUGAAAGUUAUGAGUGAAAAAGAACAUGAAGCUAAGAUCUCACAACAAAGAGAAAAACAAAAGGAAUUAAUAACACAGUUAAAAACUCAACUUGAAGAUCUGGAAACUUAUGCUUAUGAGACUGGCAAUGCUGAACUUCCUACUACAAAAGUGAUAGAAAAACAGAAAAUAGUUAUAGAUGAAUUAAAACAGAAGAUAGAUUUAGACCUUCAUGAUUUUGAUUAUUUAUCUCCGGAUGAUCUAAAGGAGGUUGUAAAUCAUGCCAUAGCUCAGAUUGUGAAUCCUGGUAAAGUUAAAGAGAAACUGGUAGAUCAGUUACAAACUCAGAUUAUUGAUUUAGAAAGAUUUAUACAGUUUUUACAAGGUGAAGCAAGCAGUCCUGGUCCAUUAGGUAAAGAGAGAUGUACGUGUUUAAAUCCUAUUGAUGUAAAUAAAUGUACAGAUCGUUUUUUACCUAAAUCAUCGUCACAAACUGAUUUCAAGAAAAAACACCAUGAGGAUGUAAAAGAAAGUACCCGAACUACAGUAAAGAAAGUAUUAACAGUAUUACAGAUAUAUAUUAUUAGUCAACUAGGGUGUGGAAGUCGAGAAUUUAAACAUAAUAUGAUGAAAAAAACACCAAAGGGCAAUCAUUGGGGAGAUUUACGAGCUAAGUUAGAAGUAGCUAUAGAUAAAACUAUUCAAACUGUUAAAGCACAAGAACAAAAGAAAUCAGACACAGAUACAGAAGAUUAUUCUGAUGAUUCUACAGAGGCACGUAUAUUUAGUGCUGAAGUUGUUCAGGCUGUUAGAAGAGAUUUAGCUAUGUCCAUUAAAGAUCUGAUGGAACAUGGGCUGAUGGAAGUUGGUCAGAGUAGCAGUAUUGUACCAUUUGGAUGUUUUCCAUCUCGAUCAGCUACUAUCACCAGAGCAUUACAUGGCUGGGAUCUUCUCCUUAAAUUUUAUGAAAUGAAGCAUGGUAGAGAAUAUAAUGAUUCACCAGCUAGAAAGUUAUCUCAAUCAUUUCAUCUAGAUAUUGUAGGUGGUAAACCUAUUACAGCUAAACAGACAUUAUUAGGUGCUAUAGAUACUAUAGUUACUACCCAUACACCAUUAAAACGUAGUGAAGAUUCACAUUUUAAAGCCUUUAUUUGUAUGGCAUUAAAUGAAAGAAAGUUAGUAACAUGGUUAAGAUUAUUAUUCCGUACACAAACUUUAAUAGAUUUAUAUUAUCAAGAUUGGAGUUAUGUAGCUAGAACAGGAUUUGAUGAUGCAUUAAAAGCUUUAGACAGAUUAAAUACUGUUCAGUUUAAAUUACCAGUUGAUAUGGCAGUUAGACCAUUCAGUAAAAUUAGAGAUGCUUUCUAG